AUGAAUGCUGUUGAGGUUCUACAUGUCCUUGUGGCGUGCUUAUGGUGCUGUGCUGAAGCUAAAAGAACGCCAAAACGUUUUCGUAAGUGGAUUUGCACCAAUCUGUCACGCUAGCCCUAAUAUCUAAUUUUGCGUUCAUCAAGCUUAAUAUCUAAUGGUUUCUCCAUCAAGCUGAAGACCCUUUUCUUAUGUUCACCAGCCUUAAUAUGUCUUUCUGAUGAACACAAAGCUUAAUAUCCAAUUUCAUGUUUGUCAAGCUUAAUAUCUAAUGCUUUAUCCAUCAAGAAUAAUAUGUUGUUUUAUGUUCAUCACGCUUAACGUGCGCUUUUAAUGUCUAUAUUAGUGUAGACAGCUUAAUCUUUGAUUUUUUUACUAUGGGUAAUAUUUAAUGCACAGUACAAUCCCAUCAUGGUAAUUAACGCAAGGAAAGAUGUAUGAUAGAAUACGGUAAAAUCUUUUUAGUAUAACCUAGUAAACCAUCUGUAUAAGAAACUCUCUUUAUAGUAACAAGAAAUUAGGUCCCGUCAAGUCAAUUUGCACUAAAACAUUAUUCUGUAAAGGUAACAACCCCUAUAGUAAACACAAAAUACCGGUCCCUUUGGGUUGUCUAUAUAGAGAGAGUACUGUAGUGUAAUACCCUCUUUAUAUUACGUGCCGACAUAAAGAACCCGCCAUACUUUUUUUGUAAUUUCUUGUGAAAAAUGGCGGGUUCUUUAUGUCGGCAUUUAAUAUUUAACAGCUUCCUGACCGCUCUUUGUAAUAAGACUUCUAUCAAAAAUUAGUGUGAUACACUGGUCAUAGUAAACUGGGUGGUGUGACACCCUAGUCAUAGUAACCAGAGUAGUGUGACACCCUAGUCAAAGUAGCCUAGGUAGCGUGACACCCUAGUUAUAGUAGCCUGGGUAGUGUGACACAAAUUUUGAAUUUUUUAAAAUUUUUAACUUUUUACAGUUUUGUAAAAAUUUUUACUAUACUACUGUUUACUAAAGUAAAUAUAGAGCUUAGCGUUCAAAUGUCCUCAUUUCUGAUUUUAGACGUGCGUGAGAAUGCAAAAGUGUUUCAGCCUAUUAAUCUUUUAUUAGUACUAGAAAUUAGUAGCAAAUUAGAUGUUCAAUAUAAACAUGUUUGUCAUGCUGAGUUCAUUUAUUAUGAACAGAAUUAGAAAAUUCAAAAUUUUGCAAAAAUUUAUAAAUUGUCUGGUACAACCAUGCUGUUCUGCACUGUCUUUCUUUACUCUAUUUUACUCUACCUUGCUCUACCUUAGCCGUACUCUACCUUACUGAAGUUGUACUACACUCACUUUUUUCUUAACAGUACUAUACAGCCAUUAUAUUAUCAACAGCACAGUUGUAUUUUUCCCCUCCCCCCCUCCAAGUACACUAAUACCUUUAACUUACGUACAACAUAGUACGGUAGUACACUUACUUUUCGUCUUAAUAGUACUUUACUAGCCUUAUCUUAUCUACAACACGGUAAUGCUUUCUCUUCUCUCCAGUAUAGUACUACCUUUAACUUACGUAUAGCAUAGUACCGUAGUACACUUACUUUUUGUUUUAAUAGUACUUUACUAGCUUUAUCUUAUCUACAACACGGUAACGCUUUUAUUCUCCCAAGUAUAGUACUACCUUUGACUUACGUACAGUUAGACAUGAGAAACGGGCCGGGCCUAAAAAUUAGGCCGGGCCUGGAAAAAAAUUUCUAAAUUUUUUAAAAUUUUUUAUUUCAAUCCCCGUUUAUGUUUUUAGAUUUUAUUGGGUCCUAUGAUCCAUAAAUGAUCUAAAAAACAAUUUAAAGCCAAUUAUACGUUUAGUUUUUAAGUUUUAAAAUUUUUUAAAUUUUUUUAAAACGGGCCGGGCCGGGCCUGACCAAAAUAAAAAACGAGCCGGGCCUAAAAGUUAGGCCCGGCUCGCGGGCCGGGCUUGAAAACUGGGCUCGGCCCGGCCCGUUUCUCAUGUCUACGUACAGUAUGGUACUCUACUAUACUUACUCCUUUUCUUAGUAGUGCUGUAGUGUCUUGUAUCUUUAUAUCAUCAACAACAGCGCUGAUAUCCUAUUUUCUGUUUCCCUUUUUCUAAGUACAGUACUACCUUUAGCUUACAUAUAGUAAAGUACCGUACUACACUUACCUUACUAACACUUUUAAUAUACUACACUUAUCGUACUGGCAACAAAGUAUUUACGUACUUACUCUAUCUCAAAAAAAAGUACAGUAAGCUUCUCUCAUUCUUGCCCCCCCCCCUCUCUCUCACCCCAACGCCAAUUCCAAAACAAAAAUCAAUCGAAUCUCUUUAAGAGCAGCCGAGCACGCUUCUGAAGCAGCACGUCGUAACCACGGUGCAUUAUGAUGGCAAUGUUUUAGACUAUGGUUUUGUACCGGAAGAUCCCAAGCCCGUCGUGAUGACUUCUACCGUCGUCCCCGUAGCCGAAGCCGGGCCACAGUUGUGGCCAUUGGGGAGGAUACCCUUUGUGGAUGAUCCAGAUUUGGUAAAGAAUGAGGAUCAAGCGGUAGCGUUGAAUAACGCACGGAUGGACUUGCAGAUUCGAACUUGUGUCAAGUUUGUGCCGCGGAAGAACGAAAGGGAUUAUGUCUACUUUACAGACCUUGGCAUGGAUGUUGAGUAAGUUAUUUAAAAAAAAUAUUUUCAUGCUUAAAAUGAUCAAAAAUAAAUUUUUAUGCUAUUUUUUUACUGUUUAAUGUUGUAAAAUGUCAUUUUUUGAGAUUUUAUAGACUUAAAACAGAAUGCCAAAUUUGGCAAAAAAAGGAAAAUUUAAAUAAAAAUGUCAUUUAAUGCUUAAAAUAAGUGAGAAAAAACAUUUUUUAUGCUUGACUAUAAUCAAAAAUGUCAUUUUUCGUUAUGUUGAAACACUUGAAGCAGAAUGCCAAAGUUGGCGCAAAAAUAAAAAUUUAAACAAAAAUGCCAUUUUUAAUAGUAUUAAACUAGAAAAAUUACAAAUUAACUUUUUAUAGUUAAAUUUUAAUAGAUUCAUACAAAAAAUCGUCAUUUUUAACGCUAUAAUGUGCUAUGCCAAAUACGGAACAUACUGUCAUACCAUUCUUUUAGAUGCUGGAACAUGUUCGAACAGAACCAUGGUCACGUAGCCGUCAAUGCCGGUCCAUCAUGUUUAGCCCCGAUGAGGUGGCCUUACAAACCACAUCAAGUGUUCUCGGACUGUGACAUUGAAUACGUGAACCAUUUAUAUAAUUGUCCACGAAGGCACAGAAAACAUUCCCCGAUUUGUCCUGCUGGGAACACUAUUAUGGCGUUACCACAGUAAGUUUUUUUAGAAAGUUAGCUUUUACUCUGAAAAAUCUGCAAUUGCCUUGCUUUGGAAACCAAAGAUUUAUUAUAAAAUUUUCAGACCCCCACCAGCAGAAACCCCCGAACCUCCAAUACCCCUACCCCCUCCAACAAAGAAAAAGGUUCGAUCAAAAACCAAAACCCAUACUCCCUUCCCACCACACAUUGAACUUCCUACUCCACCUCCAUUGCCUUCAUCUUCACCGCCAGCUCCACCAACACCACCAAUGGAACUAGAAGUCUUCACUCUCACCCCUACCCCCGACCCGCCUACUACAACAACUACCGAAGCUACUACUACAACGACUUUGGCGCCAACUACAGUAGAAGUAAUCAUAACUACAGUAGCUGAAGUUACGAAUGAACCAGCUAAUGUUGUUAGUACUACAACGGUACCAUUAACAGUACCUGUAGCUACAACUGAACAAACUUCAGAUUCUGGGCCAAGUGAGACUGGGGUAGUUAGUCCGAUGAGCUCCUAUCCGCCCACGCCUCAGCCAAUUACAGCUGAAAUUGUAGAUACUGUACUUGAAAUGACCACCGAGGUUCCAGUGGCUACAGAAGAGACUCAUGAACUGGUACCAAUAGUACAAACUACUCAUAUUAAGGCCAAAGUAACUACUCAAACAUUUGCUCCGAAGAAUCAAAUAGGUAUACGAGGAAAGAUAUCUCACAAAGAUGGGUUGAAAAGCUACAAAAUGAAGUCACUGCCUACGGAUAUGACUAUGGAUGAUAGACCGGUCGGGACUUGUGGGAGUCCGUGCAAUUAUACUGGUAAGUUUUAUAGUAACAUCAGUUAAAUAUAAACUAUUAUAUAGACUAGAACUUUAAGUUAGGGCCCUGGGCUAAAGCUCUGGGUUAGGGCUAUAAGCUAGGACUCUGAAUUAGGGCUAUGUGCUACGGCUCUGGGUUAGGGCUAGAGCUAAAGCCGAAAUUAGAAACAGUACUAUUAGAACUAAAACAAAGAUUAUGACCAAGACAAGAAGCAGGACUAGUACUAACACUAAGACUAGGAUUAGAACAAGAAAUAUAACUAAAACUACAACUAAAACUAGGACUAAAGCUAGAACAAAGACUAGAAUUAGAGUCCAAUACGUUAUAGUCUAUAGUAUCCACUAAUCAAAUUUUUCGACGUAAACCAAGAGCUCGUAUUUUACAAAAAAAAGUUUUUAACAAAUUUUCAUUAUUAUUUUUUCAGGAGGAGUCAUACCAUUGAGAAGGUCUUACAAUGACAAAAUGGGCAUAACAGAUCAUUUCUACACCGAAGACCUAGUAGAACAAAAGAAUAAGGUCCUCGAUGGUUAUUUAUUGCAAAGUAAGUUUAAAAUCACUAAAUCUGCGCAAAAUAUCAAUAAAAGCAGAGUAGAGGGCAACAUAUUCUUCUUUCUUCUAAACCGUAUAGAGUUCCGGCCGGGCCCAAUUUUUUAGACCAACUUAUUAAAUUUUGCUUCGGCUUGGUCUAGUAUUAUAGAACCCUCCUCCUUUUUAGUAUAUUCUCCUCCUUACUUUGUCUGCUUUAAAAUAAUUUUUUUAAUAAUUUUAAAUGGCCUUUAUGUCAAUUAAAAAAAUAAUAUUAAUUUAGCUCCAAUGGGAUUCAUCGGAAAAUCAUCAAACGACCCAACGUGUACUUGCUUAAGGCCGUUGUAUCGACUCUACAACGACUUUUUAAGUAAGUUGUUUUAAAUAAAUUUAUAUACAAAAUAUUUUUUUGUUUUUCAAAAUUUUUAACACUACUUCUCCCCCCCCCCUCCUCCCCCCGUCCCGCCUUUAUUAUAUUAAAAAGUUUUGAGAAAAUUUUGCAAAGUUAAUUUUUUUUUCAUUUUACCCGCCCCACUAAUUAAAAAGGCUUCCUAGCUUACAUUUAAAGCAACCAAGCCUAGUACAAUUUUCUGGUCCAGUCCUUUAGACUUUUUUUUAGAUUUUUGGCCCGGUUUUUAAAUUUUUUUAAAAUUUUUUUGCCCAUUCCAGAACCCCAUGUGCCGAUUUUGCUUUUUUUCGACCCUUACAAAUUUACUGUUACCCAGUCUACUCAGGCUUCUAGAGGGGAAAAGGAUGAGUUAGGGCCACCUCUAAUACGUUUUUUUUUCAAUUUGAUUAGUUUUGGCUUGAGGGUCAAGCUGAGCCAUAAUAUUUGUUCUCCCGCCCGGCCCGUUUAAACCUGGCCCGGUCUGACUCGCUUGACGUUUAAUCUAAGACGGUCCGGAAGCCAAGCCUAACAUUUUUUGUAAUGUCUACCUCUAACACGACCAUUAAUAUUAAAAAGGUUUUACCAACCUCUCCAAAUACUACCAUAACUCCCAAGAUAUGUUAAUAUUUUUGUGCAUUUGAAUGUGACAUCCUCAAUAAUGUAAAAAAACGCAUUUUUUAAUGUAAACAUUGAGAGAACAUCCCGUUUUCACACAUAACUCGUCGUAUUUUUAGAAGACCAUCUUCUCACGUCGCGCGAGCACGAAAAAGAAGUUGCAGAGCGGAUAUUGGGUUACAAGUACGAUAAGGUACUCGGGUUCUGUACGAAGGAACCGGGGUGUGGGGCUUACAUGCCACUUUAUCGGUUUUACAAUCCGAUUGCCAAAGGUGGGUUUGAAAUUUCAAAAAUAUUUUAAUAAGGUAGGGUAAGGCAGAACAUGAUUGAGGAGGGCAUUUCAAAAAAUAAUAGAGUAGGAUAUGGCAGAUCAUGAUUAAAUAUAGUGGAGCAGGGCAGGAUACAGUAGAAUAGGGCUAACCAUAAUAGAGUAGGGCAGAACGGGUCAUGGUAAAGCAAGGUAGGACAAGACACGAUAAGGUAUGCCAAGUCAUGGAAGAGUAAAGUAGGUCAUAACUAAAUUGUUUUUUUUUCACAGCUUCUAAAAUACGAAAAAAGAAGUUUUAUUUUCAGACCACUUGUACACAGUAGACGAGCAAGAGAUGCAAUACUACAAAAAGCAUCCUGAACAUGCCUAUGGCUUUGAGUAUAUUGAAUGUUAUGUUUGGAAACAACAACAAGUGGGGGCAGAUUGUCCACUACAAAACUUGGCCAUUAAUAAGGCUGAGAUGGCACAACUAGCUUUGAUGGGGUGGAGCAACUAA